AUGUGCUCUGCUGUUCUGUCUCUGGGGUUUUCACUGUCAGGUAAUGAGGAGCUGUGGGUCCAGUCAGUCUUGGAGAUGCCGAAGAGACGAGACAUCCUGGCUAUCGUGCUGAUAGUUCUGCCCUGGACGCUGCUAAUCACCGUCUGGCACCAGAGCACCAUUGCUCCACUGCUUGCAGUGCACAAGGAUGAUGGUGGUGACUCCCGGCGUGAUCUCGCUGCAGGCUUGGACUCCAAGGAGUACUGCUUGUCGGAGAGGGACAUUGUGGAGGUGGUGAGGACAGAGUACGUUUACACCCGGCCGCCCCCGUGGUCAGACACCCUGCCCACCAUCCACGUGGUGACCCCCACCUACAGCCGGCCGGUGCAGAAGGCGGAGCUGACUCGGCUGGCCAACACCCUGCUGCAUGUGCCCAACCUGCACUGGAUCCUGGUGGAGGACUCGCAGCGCCGCACGCCGCUCAUCACCCGCCUGCUGCGGGACACGGGGCUCAACUACACACACCUCAACGUGGAGACCCCCCGCAACUACAAGCUGAGGGGGGACAUGAGGGAUCCCCGCAUCCCCCGGGGCACCAUGCAGAGGAACCUGGCCCUGAGGUGGCUGAGAGAGACCUUUAACAAAAACAACAGCCAGCCUGGCAUCGUUUACUUUGCUGAUGAUGAUAACACCUACAGCCUGGAGCUCUUCGAGGAGAUGCGCAGCACCAGGAAGGUGUCGGUGUGGCCGGUGGCCUUCGUCGGGGGCCUGCGCUACGAGUCGCCCAAAGUGAACGCUGCCGGGAGGGUCUACGGCUGGAAAACUGUGUUUGACCCCCACCGGCCCUUCGCCAUCGACAUGGCAGGCUUCGCUGUCAACCUCAGGCUCAUCCUCCAGCGCUCUCAGGCCUACUUCAAACUGCGAGGAGUCAAGGGAGGCUACCAGGAGAGCAGCCUGCUCCGGGAGCUCGUCACCCUGAAUGACCUCGAGCCGAAAGCUGCCAACUGCACCAAGAUCUUAGUCUGGCAUACAAGGACAGAAAAGCCUGUGCUGGUGAAUGAGGGGAAGAAAGGAUUCACAGAUCCCAAUGUGGAAAUCUGA